AUGGUACAAUUUCUGUCAAAGAGAAUUCUGCAUUCGGUUGAACAGGUGCGAGUGAGAUUUGCGCCAAGUCCAACUGGACAUCUGCAUCUCGGAGGUCUGAGAACAGCCCUUUACAACUUUUUAUUUGCUCGUCACCACAAAGGACGUUUUAUACUGCGGAUAGAAGACACGGACAAAGCGCGAUUAGUUCCUGGAAGCGCCGAAGAGAUUCAAAGAGUUCUUACUCACUACGGAUUACGGUACGAUGAAGGCCCCUUCGCAGGAGGAUCAUUCGGGCCGUACGUACAGUCUGAGAGAUUGUCUUUCUACCAGGAUGCUGCAGCCAGAUUGAUUGAUUCUGGUGAUGCCUAUCGAUGCUUCUGCUCGGAGGAUCGUUUGGCUCUCUUACGAAAAGAUGCUAUUAGAAGGAACACUACACCCAAAUAUGAUAUGAAGUGCCGAAGUAUUGCCGAAGUGGAAUCCAAAGCACGUGCAGCGGGUGGGGAGCCCUUUGUUGUUCGAUUCAAGUUAGAUAGACAAGACGUCUUUUUCGAGGAUGACGUGUACGGCCAAAUACACCAAUGCAUCGACGAGAGUGAUAUGGUGAUACUCAAAACUGAUGGAUUCCCAACCUAUCACCUUGCUAAUAUAGUAGAUGAUCAAGCCAUGCAAAUUUCUCAUGUCAUUCGCGGAAUGGAGUGGCUGAGCAGUACAGGAAAACACGUGCUUCUGUACAAAGCUUUUGGAUGGCAGCAUCCGAAUUGGCUGCAUCUACCUCUUAUAACACGCGAUAGUAAGAAAAAACUAUCAAAAAGGGAUAAAGAUGCGUUCGUGGACUUUUAUGAAUUGAAGUUAGGAGCGCUUCCACUGGCAGUGUUGAAUCUACUAAUUCGAAAUGGAAGUGGCAUUCGUGACUUUGAUACAACUCAUCUGUACUCUCUUGAAGAAAUGAUCACAUCGUUCGAUGAGAAUGAGAUUGGAAGGCGUAGUCUGCAGCUUGAUCAAGAGUGUCUGGAAAAGUAUGGACGAAUGUCCGUUCGUGCUGCCGAUGUAGACGAUGUGUUGCUCCCCGCCAUCAAGGGUCUGAUUGCACGUGAUCUCCCAUCGGUUGUGGUUCCCAGCGAUGACUACCUUAGAAAGGUUGUUGGUUUCUUGAAACUCAAUGAAGAAGCUUUUGCAUUUCUCUCGUCUCUGACGACGGGAGAUUUCCGAUGGUUUUUAACCAAACCACUAUCGGCGAAACGAGUUUUGUCUAUGUUUGACCAUAGCGCAGCGGUCGAGGCUCUCAACAUUCUGCGAGAUUGUGAUUCCCUGGAACCUGAAUCAAUCAAAAGAAUAUCUGAGAAUAUCGGAUUGCCGUACACCAGUCUCUUCACAUUGGUUCGAGUCACUUUAAUCGACAGCAGUAAAGGACCGCCCAUCAAGGAAUUGGUCUCCUUCUUCGGGAUUAACGAAUGCAAACUACGGUUUCAGCAGAUGAUCGAAUAUCUCCGAUCUGAAUCAGUGCAAUCCUGCACGUCAAUUCGUAGGGACACGUAA